GCUGACAAGGUGAUUGAUGACCAGUUCUCACGCUUAUGAGCAUCGUAGCAUCGUCACAGUCGCACGAUCAAACUGGGUGCUGGCUGGGGAAUUCUGGGACUUGAGUCCACAGGUCUUUAAAGUGGCCAAGGUUAGUGGCUCUAACUUAACUCAGCCAGAAUAUGAUUUCCUGACGAUUGUCCCGCCUCUCCUCCUGGGCCAGGAUUGUCGAGAUGGCCGGUUACACCUCCGAGAGCUUGCUUGGCUGCUCCCUCUAUGAAUACAUCCACGCCUUGGAUUCGGAUUCCGUCAGCAAGAGCAUCAACACCCUGCUAAGCAAGGGCCAAGCUGUGACCGGGCAGUACCGCUUCCUAGCCAGGAAUGGUGGUUACAUCUGGAUCCAGACCGAGGCCACCGUCAUCUCCAGCAGCAAGAACUCCCAACCCGAGAGCAUCGUCUGCAUUCACUUCGUCUUGAGCCAAGUGGAAGAGAACGGCCUGGUCCUGUCCCUGGAGCAAACGGACCGCCAAGGCGAGCAUCGCCGGCUGCCCCCGCCCUGCCUCGAAGGGCUGGAUUCCGAUAGCGCCUUGGAAGAGAUGGACCCCAACAGCGGAGACACCAUCAUCAAUCUCAGCUUUGAACUUCGCGGUCCCAAAAUCCUGGCCUUCCUGCGCCCGGCCAACAUCAGCGAGGAGGAACUGCAGCUGGAUCCCAAGCGCUUCUGCAGCCCGGAUCUCCAGAAGUUGCUGGGGCCCAUCUUCGACCCACCUGGGGCCCAGAACUUGGCAGGGGGCACCGGGCGGGCAAAACCUCCCGCCCCGCUUCCCAAGAUGGCUCCGGUGGUGAAGAAGGUGUCUGGAAAUCACGGUCUGUCGGACCUGCCGGAAGAGCUCAUCUUCGACAUGGAGAACGUCCAGAAGCUCUUUGCAUCUAGCAAGGAGGAGCAGAGCAUGGAGACGGUGCUGCAGGAUUACGAAGGCCUCGACUUAGAGAUGCUGGCUCCUUACAUCUCGAUGGACGACGAUUUUCAGCUCAGCAGCACCGACCACCCGCCCUGGCUGACCGAGAAACGAGGCGAUGCGGGGGCAGGACCCCGGUCCGCCUCGCCCCCUCCGAGACCUCGCUCUCGCAGUUUCCAUGGCGUGUCCCCACGCCCGCUGGAACCGGCUCCUCUUCCCCGCUGGGGCAGCGACAGCAGUUUGAGCCAAGGCCGCCCCGUCGAGACCCCUCUGGCCAACUCGCCCUGCGGAGAAGGCCAGAUGGUGGAGAUGGUGGCAUCGGUCAAGAUCCAGUCUGUGCAGGACGGGGCCGGUCUGAAUGGCCAGAGGUCUCCCUUGGGCGGGAGGAAGAGGACUCGGGAGAUUAGCCUGGACGAAGAGAAGGACCUCUUCCUGGAGACCAGCCCCCCCAAGCGUGCCCAUAACCACGAGGCUGAAAGUUUCCUGAUGCCCUCGCUUAGCCUGGGCUUUCUGCUCAGUGUGGAAGAGUGUCUGGAUGCCCGGUCCGAGCGGGCCUCUGUGGCCCUGGGCAAGAAGCUGCUGGCCCUGGAGGAGCCCAUGGGCCUUUUAGGAGACAUGCUGCCCUUCGUGGUGGACGGACCAGCGCUCUCCCAGCUGGCCCUGUACGAUGGCGAGGAGGAGGUCUCCGGGCGUGGUGGAGAGCACUUCCAGCUGGGGGAGGAACUCCUAGUGGAGCUGGACCAGGCCACCUGAAGUGGCGCCCUUGACCGCCCCUGCCCCCCCACCGCACCUUCAUCCCACACUCCUGCUCUGCAGAUGGGACACCCGGAACCAAAUCCAACCAAAUGCCCUCAGGGAGGGGUCCCUCCCGGCCCCUCCCCCGCCCGUCCACCCUCCUCCACUGGCGUUCUUAGGACUCUUCCUACCUCAGUCCCGUCCCCUCCCCCAGGCAGCCUCUCCCCUCUGGAGACGGUGGGGGAGGAAGGCCUCUGCCACCCCUUUUGGUGCUGAUCCGCCUGAAUGUUCUUGAACCCAAGAGGAAGGGGGCCAGGAGUGGGAUCGAUUCCCGGAGGGAAGAGAAAGCACCACAGAGGGAUCCACCCCCCCCCCCACGGACGAGAAAGAGCGGUGCAGAGCCCCUGGGGCUCUACCUUCUCCUCUGUCCUCUGCUCGCUAGGACAGGUCCUUCAGCAUGCGCCCAGGUUGUAAGACCAGCCAUUCCUGGGACAAAGGAGUUUACCCCUUCGAGGGAGGUGAAAAGUGGGGAGAACCUGCUCCGAGAACGGGGUGAACAUCCAUCUGCGUUAGCCUCUCGGGGGGGGGGGGAAAUGCCUCGCCACGACUUCCCCAACAUACUUACGGUGCCUCCCAUCGACCUCAAAGCAAGGUCUCACCUUUUGAAAAGGAAAAGCAGGGAGGUCCUCAGAGUGUCUGCUCCCGAGAGGACAUUUUUGGCCAGGUGAGAAACACCUGUCCUGGACUCUUAGAGUGAUCUUUCCCCCUUAAAGAUGGCCAACUGAUGGAAUAAUCAGUCCCCAGAACAGCUGGUGCUUCGGCCCUAUCCGGGCCUACUUAAAAGAUCUUUUUCUGUUUACAAAACGUUCUCAGUUCUGCACACGUUCGGUGCAGAGAAAAAUCAGAUGCCAUGUAGAAAACAAGGCAAGCUGGAAAUAAAAGCGUCAGAACAAAAACAACAACAACCAAACACCUAUUUUUUUAAAAAAGCGCAUGCCAGCUUCCCUUAUCAAGCAGUCCCCAGGUGUGUUUUGAAGGCAGGUAGCAGAUCUGUGACUCGGCCAGCUGUCAUGGCAAGCCAAAGCACAUCUGGAAACAGCUGGAUUGGGGAAGACUGGCUAGCUUGAAAAUUUUGACGCCUGGGAGGGGGGGUGGGGAAACAUCCAAAAAUAAUUUUAAAAAAACAACACCCAACGCCCCAUGCAACAUUUUGAACUCUGCCAGUCGUCAAAACUUUCCAAGAAAAAUAGAGGGGAAAAAAAUUGCAAAAUCCCAAAUUCUAAAAAAAGGAUUGUCAAAUCCGAAAUCCGAAGAGAAAUUUUCAGGAGCCUUAAAAAGUACGGCCUAAAAAAAAAA